UUAUGACAGGAAUAAUUCUGACAGAUCUGACUGCAAUUUUGACAACAGUAUUCAUACUUUAAGAAUAGCUACAUGUAACUCUAAAGAAUGAUAACAAGGUUGAUUCCUAUUCCAUUAGGAUUUUCCUUGUAUUAUCUUUGACCAACAAGAAUGUUUUAAGUCUUAAUGAUAUUCUGAAAAGAUUUGGUAAACUUAAACACAAGAGGCAAGGCAGAGGAAUGGGCAGAGAGAUAGAGAGGAGAAGGGGGAGGCUGGUUUGGCAGAAUAUACUGCUAAAUCAGUUAAUAUGUUGAUAGGUAGUACAUCUAAAAAAUGUUUUGGGGGGGUUAGUGUCUCCGAUUGACAAAACAGAGUAAAAAAAGGUUACUUAUUUUUAAUCAUAUGGUUCGACAGUGAAUUUCAUUUCACUACAGUUUCAAGGAAACAAACAAAAUAUUUGUUUUUGUGUCAGUGUGGUUUCAUACAAAAUUCUAUUUUAUUGUUUUAAAGAAUAAUUCAGAUUUAACCUCCCCAAACUAAUGGUGGUGGGUGUGCCCCAUUUAUUUUAUAUCCUUUUGAGUAUAACGGUAUAAAAAGAGGGAAGAAUUGGUUAUGGAGAUAUCUGCGCAAAGGAGAUGUUGUCUUUUCAUACGUCUUUAUCCACUGUGAAUAAUCUUGCAUUUAAAUAUUGAUUAAUAAUUAUCCUUCAUUUUCCAUAAAUGAAUUUGUAUCAGCAAUUCGGCUCCCUGGCGCAAUGGGUGAGAAAUUCUUAACCUGGCAACCGUUGUACUUUGGAUGUCGUUUAGCUGGGAGAUGUCUAUAUUGCCUCCACGUUUUGUAAGCAUGACAAAUUAUGAUAAGAUUAAUUAUUUUCAGAGAUAGUGGAUGAAUAUCAGUGUUGGUAAAUAUUGAACUACCUAGCUGCAUUAUAAUACUAUAAUAGUGUUGUUUCGUGGGAGUAUACUUGGGUAAUCUCACCCCCUUCGCACAUCAGGGGGGAGAGAAUAAUGAAUAACGAUAAACAUAAAAUGUAUAGAGCAGCUUAUUUUCAGCUACGAUGACUAUAAGAACUUUUUUUUAAUGUUUCUCAUCACUAUUAAAAAAAAUUAAUGCAUUAAAAUAUGUUAUAAUAUCACUACUUGGUAUCGAAUUAAGAAUCAACACUGGGGAGAAACACUUGGUGUGAUCCUUAUAAAAAAAAAUUCUCCGCAGUCGUGUAUAUACACCCUCUGAACCCAUGUUCUCUUUACGCACUUCCACCCCCCCCCCCACGAUGUUGGUAUUCCGCUUUGACUUUGAGUAUAAAACGAGGACGAAAGUGCAUCCUGGCGACAAUUACGCUAAAGCUGCCGUCACGAUGGGGGAUCCAGAGCCCAUUUGCUCAGGGAAGGAUCCGACCCAGUGCGAUCUAACAAAUCAUACCGACAUAGCAACAUUUCUCAGAUAUACCGACAGCGAGCGGAUUCUCAUCGUCAUCAUCAUUCCCAUCAUUCUUGUGAUCGGAGUAUGUGCGAACAUGACAUUUAUUUUUGUGGUACUGCGUUUAAGACACAUGCACACCGUCACAAAUUAUUAUUUACUGAACCUGGCCAUUUCUGAUGUGUCUUUCCUGAGCUUGGCAGUGGGGGAUAAGCUCGCUUUGUAUCUUGAAUCGCCGAUGGUUGACGACCAACGUGUUUUGGGACCAUGGGGAUGUACUCUUCUAUACUAUACGACCAAUAUUUGUUUCCUUGCAUCUAUGUUUCUCAUUACUGCGGUCAUGGCGGAAAAGUUUUAUGCAGUUUGCAAGCCUUUGCACCAUCGGGUGGCCAGCGGGAUAAGAAGGACCGUCAGAACUCUGGUAAUAGUUUGGAUAGUGGCAUUACUUUUUGCCUUUCUUCUCAUCCCAUCACACGCUGUGUACAAUGACUACCAGAUCAUUUGGCCAGAUGAAGAUGUUUAUUCGGUUUUCCCUCUUGAUGUAGGGAAAUGCGAACCAGUACGUUCUAUGGCUGCAAAUUACAUCGCCAAUGGGAUUCAAACAAUACCCUUUUUCACCGUCAUGGUCGUCAAUUUUUACAUGAAUGUGCGCAUCGUGAGAGCGCUCACGGAGCGCAUGCGCGCACACCCUGGUUCCAUCGCAGCCAAUGAGCGUCUGCAUGGGAUCAUAAACGCGCGAAACCAGCGGACCCGAAAUCAGGUUGUCCGUAUGCUUGUCAUCAAUGGCGUCGUAUUUUUCUGCCUCCUGUCUCCGUUUCAAAUAUUUUCUUUAUACAGAAUGAUUGAGGGAUUAGUCACCGAUACCACCUCCAAUAUCGCAAUACGCACGCGUCAACUCGUGUGGGCAUUUCGUAUUUUAUCUUACAUCAACCCCGCUGUGAAUCCUUUUAUUUAUACUUUAUCCAACAAGCGAUACCGUCGUGCGUUUUUCUUAGCAAUUCCUUGCCUCAAACGACUUUGUCUCCAACAUCGCAAUCCAGAUCGAGCCGCAUUAGCGGGAACAGUACAUGUCUCAUUGGAAGAAUCGAAAAACAAAAACCAAGAGUCGCAUUCAGAAAACUCUACUCGAUCGUCAUAGAUUUGUCGACAUCAAAUUGUCUUACAACCCCCCCCCCCAAACUGGUUUGUGUUAUAUGCGAUGAAACUUUAUUCAACAAGUGCAAGUUGUCAACAGUUUUCACAUACACAGUUUGAAAUUACUUUAUUCACCUUCUUUUGCUAGAGUAACAAAAAAAUAAUAAUUUAACUUUGAAAUGCAGCUACAGGUUUUUAUACCUUUAUUCUUUGUUAUGGAAAUUUGGCCAUCGAAAGCAACUUCAAUGACUUCGAAAAUUUUCAUUGUGAGCUCUUAGUCAUAAUACCUUUCUAGGUUAACUGCUUCUCUAACUCCCACUUCCCUUGCUUAACUGUCGAACUAUUGUUUAUGAAAAUGAAGGAGGCAUUUCGACAUUAAUAAAACCUUAAAAGUUUUUAUUUUAUUAUCAGAUUACAGAAAAAUGCAAAUGCUUAUUUAUGCAUGACCAAACACCUUUUUUGUUCAUGGUGUAAAAAGUUAGUUGUUAAAAUGAAAGAUGAUAGGAAGUAUUUGUAUGCACACGGACGAUACAAGACAACAGAGAAAAUGGCACAACCAAACAACAACCAAAAAGCUUUAUAUCAAAACUGCAUUUUAGUCCUUGACUCUUGACAAACGUGCCAUUUUUCGUCAGCUCCGAAACUUAGAACGAAACUACUGUUCAGGUUCACCCUCCCAACUGUUCUUUGUCCUUUUUAAUGAUCAUUUUCAAUACAUUUACCAUGUUCUCGAAUCAUAUGUACGUCGCGGAACUAAAUUACCUAUUGACGUGGUAGGUCCAUGGUUCAAGCAAAGUCUGAAUUAAAGCACUGACAGUAUGAUUAUGUUCAAUUGUUUUAUGUACAAUUUAGAAUAGAUAGUGUGUAAUGUUUCUAGAUGAGAGCUUUGUUAGACAUCUUACUCGAAGUAGGCCUACACGAAAUAAGAGAUUGCCACAUUAAAAUGUCAGGGAUUCGGUCAAGAAGAAGGGUUUUUCAAUUAAUAAUUGGCAAAUAAGCAAUUACUUCUUGAAAAUAAAUUUAUUUCAAUGUUCUCUGCCUUUUUUUCCAAAGUCACCAACAAUUGAAGAAAAACUCCCGUUAUACGAGAAA